GAGGAAAGGCUGCCCAUGUGGGCACUUCUAAGUAAUCUCCAGAAUCGAUGCUUGAAAUACAUUGGAUAUUUACUAAACAACACAUAUAUGAACAAACAAACACCCACAAAAGAAGAUCAGAAGACCAUAUCUUUGUUAUAAACACACAAGUUCUCUCUUUUUAGCAUCUCUUGUCUCAUCUUCUCAACUUUCUAGUCUUUCUUUUCUUUUGUUAUCUCUUGUCUGAAAAGGAAAUGAAUCUCUCAAGUUCAAGUGAAUCACUUAUUGAUGAUCUUCUAGAUGAUUACUGGUUCUUUGAGAACUUAUUUACCAGGAGAUCGAGAGUCUUAAGGUAUUGUCACUCAGAUCCUUACCCAUCUUCUUCUUUUUUGACAGCUCCUGAAAAAGUGGGAGAUUCAGAUGAGAAGAAGUCUUCAGAAGCCUCCACAGGGAGGUGUUUGAUCAGGGCAGCUUCCAUAGAUGGAAAAAAAGGAGAGACAAAGCAGUUCUCUGAAAAGAUUAGGGUUCAAGAACCGAGACCAGUUGGAUGUUUCUUGCGGCAAAAGGAACCUGUGGUUCUUCCCAAAUCUGCUGGAUCUUGUUCUGCUCCAGGAAAGAUUCAAGAAGCUUCCACCGACCGCUGUUUGGUCCGAGCACCCUCUUUGCCGCCUCGGAUAGAAAAAAGAAAUGUUGAUUACGAGGCAAAGAAGAUGAUCAGUAAGCUGACGCGUCAGUUCUCUGAGAAGAUUAGGGUUCUAGAACCGAAGACAACGGGUGAACGUUACUUGCAUAAGAAGAAAAGGAAUAGUGAAAGGAACAUGACAGAAGGUGGUAGUAGCAGUAGUAGCAGCAGCAGUGUCAAGAUUAGUUUGCAAAGAACUCAAACGAUGCCAAAUGACAUAAGAGAAGAAGAUGAACUUGAAGAUCACGAAUCCGACUCAAGAAUGGGAUUCUUGAUACGUGAAUCCCUCGCUAGCUCACAAAAUGUUCCAAAGGUUUCGAUCAAUCCAAGGCAGAGACCACCAAGACAGCUGAGAUCAGAAGAAACUGUUGUGGUCAAACAAGGAAGCUCAAGUCCCAAAACGCUGCGUAAAACGGUAAGUAGCAUAGAAACAACCAAAGAGAUUCAAAGGCUGAAAGGUUAUGAUGACCAGCUGGUCGAGCCACAUGGAUUAGCUACACCGCCUAGGGUUCCAAAGGAUUCGAGGAAAGAAAUGAAGGAUCAGAUCAAGUUUUGGGCUCGAGCAGUUGCUAGUAAUGUCAGACAAGAGUGCUGAAAAUUCUUUUAAUUACACUUAUUAACUUUGUGUUUUGUAUGACAAUAUUCUGUACAUAUGAUUCUUAUCUUGAACUCUUUUGUGAUCUUUUUUCUUUCUGAACCUCCUGAAAUAAUGAGAUUCCUCUGUUUAUAUG